AUGAUUGAGAUGCCACGAGGUGAGACAUUCUCACGAUCGCGAACUGGAUGUCUACAAUGCCGAAAGAAACACAAUAAAUGCGAUGAGCAACAGCCAAAAUGUUCAUUCUGCGCAGUCCGAGAAUUAGACUGCAAAUAUCCGUCCAAUAUAAAAUGGAUUCAACGAACACAGCCUACACUGUCAAGACAUAAACCUCGUCGCAAAGACAUCCGAAUCGCAGAACUAGAAUCACUAGCUCGUUCUCCGGCGCUGUUCGCAGAUACGUGCUUCGAAUCCACCGAAGAAAAGUCUGCAUGGGAAUACUACGUGAGGCUCGUUUCAUCGAAUGUCCCAGCGCUAGACGGACCAGACAACCCUUACCGACAACUUUCCAUCCCAGCUCUAUCAUCCCCCAUUCUCCUCGAGACAAUCAUCUGCAUAGCAACAGAGCAUAUGCUAAAUUUCGGCUUAACAAGCGUUGAUCUUGCCGCCCGACGUCAGCAACGAAUGCUAAGAACCCUGGGACAAAACCUGAUCAACAUAGAUGCAGAAAUCAAUAGCAACCCGGCAACCAUUCCGACAGCCAACAAACCCGAAAGAGAAGCCCUUCUCACAGCCGUCGUCCUACAAGGAAUUGUGGUCGCACAAACAGCGGAUGGUGUCCUGGAGCCCCAUGUCAAAUGCGCCUCUUGGCUGAUGCAAGCACUGGGUUACUUCGCAGAAAUACCACAGAACCCCAUCGCACGCAUGAUAGUCCAACGCUUCGGCAUGGUCGACCUAAUGCUAGCAAUAUCCCGACAGCGUAGACCAUACGCACCGCAAACCUUCAUCCUUAAUCAACCAAACCAAAACCACUGGGACACAACCGAGCCAUCAUUUCAUAAAAUGACAGGAUGUCCACAGCCACUAAUGUGCCUCCUAGUCCGAAUAUCACACCUGGCAUGCGACAUGAGCGAAAACCUAGAAACUGAAGCCGGCACUGAAGCCACUAUCCUCGCCGAGGCAUUCCAACUAGACAGCGAACUCCGCGCAUGGGGCUCCGAAUACAUGUACAACGGCGAGAUCCCAGCGGCGUGUGAACGUACACCGUUGGACAUCCUAAGUGAAUGUUUCUAUUGGACGGCGCAUCUUUUACUUGCGCGCCGCGUCUUCCGAGACCAGACCUGCUCGCUGCGGGUACAGCAUCUGGUACAUAUAUGUUUCGGGUUGAUGGAUCAUCUCUCGACGGGGUGUGGACCUGAUUCGUCUUUGCCGCAGCCAUUUUACCUUGCGGCGAGGGAGGCUGUAUCACCCGAGGAUCGGGCCUGGGUUCGGCGGAAGCAUGAGUCUAUGACAGCGUACUAUCGGGAGCAGCAGCGGAAUUCGGCUAUGGGGCUUAUUGAACGAAUUUGGGAAGUUACUGAUUCGCUACGGGAGGCUGAGGGUGGGGCUGUGAGAUCUAGUCGGAGUGAGUUGUCUAUUGUUGAUAGCCCCUGGAAGUGUGUGGCGCUCAAGGGAAAAUGUGUUGGGAAAGACUCUGCCAACAUUGGCCAGGUUGUCGUGGCUGUCAUGGCUGUAACAGUGCCGGUGUUUCAGAUUCCCCGCGGAUCUCACGUGGAUGCCGUUCGGCGGCAUUUGGCGACGAUCAAGCGAUGGCCUGUUUCCCUUUGGUUCGACGCCACGGUUCCCAUGACAGGUUUUCCCCUGGAGGUCGCACCGGUGCAGGACACACAGUCGAGUAAGGAGAGUGCGCUGUACCCCUCAGACAAUGGAGGCUCAGGCUGUGCCCUCAUUGAUCGAGACCUCCGUGACGGUGUGUGGGCACCUGCAGGCUCUGACGCAGGGGCCAGAACCCAGGACCGUUGUCUGUUCAGUCCACAGUCGCUUUCCACCCAAAGGAAAACAGCACGAUGA